ACUCAUUCAUUCUUUUGUAGUUCAUUGGUCAUUUCACUCACUCAAUUACUUCCUCAUUCCUUGAUCCCUUCUUUCUUUUACAUCUUGAGGGAAAAAUGGCUGAUAACAAAUUAUACGAAAUAUUGGGAGUCCCAAGAAGUGCAAGUGAAUCUGAAAUAAAAAGGAGCUACCACAAGUUGGCAAAAGAAUUUCAUCCGGACAAAAAUCCAGCUGCCGGUGACAAAUUUAAGGAAAUCAGUUACGCUUAUGAAGUAUUGUCCGACCCAAAGAAAAGAACAAUUUACGACAAGCAUGGGUUGAAAGGUUUACAAGAAGGUGGUGGCCAGGGAGGGUUUCAGCCGGAUGACAUAUUUGGACAAUUCUUUGGUGAUAUUUUCGGGAUGGGUGGUGGCAGCAGAGGUCGAGGACCAGCUCGAGGCGAAGACACCAUCCAUCCACUAAAAGUGACACUAGAAGAUAUGUAUGUCGGAAAAACAGCGAAACUGCAGCUCAGUAAAAAUGUGAUUUGCGGCCCUUGUAAAGGUAUUGGUGGAAAACCUGGUGCUGUUGUGCCGUGUAAAGAUUGCCACGGUCAAGGUAUCAAAGUCUCGUAUCAGCAGAUUGCGCCACAUAUGACUCGCCAGUACCAAACUCGUUGUCCGACAUGCCAAGGUCAGGGAGAAACCAUUAAUGAGAAGGACAAGUGCCCUAAAUGCAAGGGCAAGAAAGUCUUAAAUGAGACAAAAAUAUUGGAAGUGCAUAUUGAAAAGGGAAUGCGUGAAAAUCAGAAGAUAUUCUUCAGAGGUGAAGGAGAUCAACAGCCUGACACCCAACCUGGAGAUGUGAUUAUUGUGCUACAGCAAAAGGCUCAUGAUGUGUUUCAAAGAACUGGUGAUGAUCUCAUCAUGAAACGUGAGGUCAGUCUGACUGAGGCUCUAUGUGGUUUCGAGUUUGUAGUUAAGCAUUUGGAUGGCAGGGACUUGCUUGUCAGACAUUCCCCAGGAGAAAUUAUAAAGCCAGGGGAUUUAAAAGGCAUACAGGGUGAAGGAAUGCCGCAAUAUAAAAAUCCAUUUGAGAAAGGAAACUUGUACAUAAAAUUUGAUGUUGUGUUCCCUGAAAAUAACUUUGCAACUGAAGAACAAUUAAAACAAAUUGAAACAAUACUUCCACCACGCGCUGCCUUUGUUAUGCCCACUGGAGAGGAUGUAGAAGAAGUAAACCUUAUGGAGUAUACAGCUAGUGAAAGGGGUCGUGGCCGAGAGGAAGCAUAUGCUAGUGAUGACGAAGAGCACAUGCACGCUGGCCCUGGGGUUCAAUGCGCUCAUCAGUAGUUCAAUUAAUCCAGCAUGGAUUUUUACUCAAACCUCACACUAUGUAAUUUUAUCAUAGGUAGUCUAAUGAUAUAUAAAUUUAAUAAAACACCGCAGAUUUCAUAAUGUAAUUAUUGACACAUGCAAUAUUUGUGACCAAAUUGUCUGUGGUUAAUUAUUGUAUCUAAAGGCCACAAACAAAAUCAUUUUUUAUUAUAACACUGUAGUAGCAUAUUAUAUUUAGAUAACUUAUUUUUUAUGUUCA